UGAGGGGAAUGGUGUCUUUUCCAGAAGGCACGGGGACCUUCGGUCGCGUCCACCUGGUGAAGGACAAGACGGCUGAGCAUUUCUUCGCGCUCAAGGUCAUGAGCAUCCCGGAGGUCAUCCGGCUGAAGCAGGAGCAGCACGUCCAGAACGAGAAGGGCAUCCUGCAGGAGGUCACCCACCCCUUUGUCGUCCAGCUGUUCUGGACGUGUCACGACGACCGCUUUCUCUACAUGUUGAUGGAGUUCGUGCCAGGCGGGGAGCUGUUCACCUACCUGCGCAACCGUGGCUGCUUCCCCUCGGCCACCGGGCUCUUCUACACUGCCGAGAUCGUGUGUGCCAUCGAACACCUGCACGCCAAGGGCAUCGUCUACCGGGACCUGAAGCCGGAGAACAUCCUGCUGGACCGCGACGGCCACAUCAAGCUCACCGACUUUGGCUUCGCCAAGAAGCUGGUGGACAGGACGUGGACGCUCUGUGGAACCCCUGAGUACCUGGCUCCUGAAGUCAUCCAAAGCAAGGGUCAUGGGAGGGCCGUGGACUGGUGGGCGCUGGGCGUCCUCGUCUUUGAGAUGCUUUCAGGGUUUCCGCCAUUUUUCGAUGACAACCCGUUUGGUAUUUAUCAGAAAAUCCUGGCGGGCAAGAUCGAUUUCCCCAGACACCUGGAUUUCGGGGCCAAGGACCUCAUUAGGAAGCUGCUUGUGGUGGACAGGACGAGGCGCCUGGGGAACAUGAAGAACGGCGCCGAGGACGUGAAACGGCACCGCUGGUUCCGAGGCGUCGACUGGGACGCCGUCCCCCAGAGAAAACUCAAGCCACCAAUCGUGCCCAAGUUGACCGGGGAUGGCGACACCUCCAACUUCGAGACGUACCCCGAAAACGAGUGGGACGAGGCCCCUCCGGUGUCCGAGAAAGAUUUGGAAAUCUUCAAGAACUUCUGAGGACGCAGCCUCACAUCCGGAAGGAACUGCAGCUGUGCACCUGCCCGGCCCCGAGGAGCCGCGUCCUCACGUCCCCGCUUCUGCACAUCCGUGUGGACACGGGGGUUCGCGGAUGCGGGACACUCACGGACCCACCAUCCUCUAAGCAACUGGAAGCCUGCUGCCCUGCCGGAGGUUUUCGAAAGUCAGUUGUGCAUUUUAUUUUACCGCGCAGCCCCGCGCUCCUCCCGCCCGUGCACUCUUGCUUUUGCUCAUAGGUGGACUUUACUCCAAGUGUGAACUUGGCAGAGGUUUGUUGAUCGACACCGAGUGUGUGCGGACGGACUUUACUCCAAGUGUGAACUGUGCAGGUUUGUUGAUCGACACCGAGUGUGUGCACUGACUUUACUCCAAGUGUGAACUGUGCAGGUUUGUUGAUCGACACCGAGUGUGUGUGUGCGUGUGACCACGUACAGGGACAGACUGUGCAGAGAUGAAAGAUGGGCACUUUUGCAAAGCCUAGGACUGUGUUUUCAUUUCUCAAAAGAAUCUCUCUCGGGGACAAAUCUGUGAGGUCUGAUGCCUGCAUUUUUUUUCUUUUUUGCAAAAAGAAGUCAUUUGAUGCAUAAAGAAACACCACAGGGAGCUCUUCAGGCAAUUUUUAAUAAAAAAGACAUUCCCUGGCGCCCACCGGGGGCUCUUAAAUGACACUGCCCGGCCAAGAUGCUGUCAUGGCUGCUUUUGGGGCCGGUUGUGUGCAACGCGCGUCCCCUGGUGAGAAGGCACUCGCUCACCGAGCGUCAAUCGAUGACCAAUAAUCGAUAACCAACAAUCAAUCAGUGAUCAGUAAUCGAUAACCAAUAACCGAUAACCGAUGAUCAAUAGGACGCGGACUUCUCCAGCCGUAAACGAACCUGCAAGGUCACCCCCAUAGAGUGACGAGGUCCUGGCUCAUUGGAGCCGUUCCCAAAUCUUCAGAGGACCCCAAAAUGCAAAGUGGGGAAAUAAAGGAAAAUGACCCGGAGGACAAACUGCCACCACCUUCCCACCAGACACAGCCCCAGUGUCGUUCCCGCCUUUGGGGCCGCAGGACACCGGCCCCGUGGCAAAGCCCAGGGGGCCUCCCCUCGGAUUCCCACGCCCAGUCCUAUUUACGGAAAAGGCCCUGGAGCCGCACGCUUGGCCGAUUUGGGGUGCAUUUGCCUUUUUUUGGGUUUUUUGUGAGACACCUGAGUUGCCUGGACACUCUGGACCUCAUGACUGUGACUAUGGCCGUUCUUGGCGACCCCAGCACACGGCCCCAAGGCCACCGCACGGACUCCCUCGUCCCCCUGGGUCCGGGGUGACCCGAAAUGCAGCCAGACUCCGGCUGCUUCCCCCGUGGGUGCGCCAAUCCUACAAGCCCAGGGUGGCUCCAUGUGCAGGGACCCCUACCUACCUUCUGUUUGUUAGUCAAUCAACGUGCCUUGGUCAAAGUCCACGCUCCCUCAUCCUACUUCCUGCAGAACAAAACCCAAAGCAUUGAAGAGCUGACAUCUUUUAGUGACAUUUAUGUCACUAAAUGUCACUAAGUCACUAAAUGUCUCUAAAAGUCACGACGUUCUGGGGAGUAUGUGACUGACUGACUGCUGUAGGGUGCCGUGUGCACCAGGCGGGUGUCACCUUCCUACUUGUAGAUGUCCCCUGGCACCCUGUCGACUUGCUGCACGAUGGGUAAUCACUGUGACUUGAACAUAUAUAAAUAUAUAUAAAAAUAUAUGCCCUAGGGUCGUUUCCUCCUGUCUAAUUUAUGUCAUAGAAUACUAUUGAUUGCAGGUUUGUUUAAUA